AUGUCUACGAAACAAUCGCUAAAGAACCGUAAAAACCGGAAGUAUAAUAAGCGAUGGGUCAUUGUUUCCUUUACGGAAUCAAACGAUUACAGUGUUGUGCCUGUUAAUUGGCUAAUUUUACCACCAACAUUGGAGCUAACCGCGGACAACAUUUCAAUAGUUGAACUUUGUCGAUGGCCUCCAUUUAAUGUAACGAGCAUUGAACUAACAAACGCUGAUGAUCCAGAAGAUUUAUGGGGCUUAUUCAAAAUUAAAAUCUUGUCCAGUAAAAUAUAUGUCAAUUUCAAAGAAGCCUGGCAUCAACGUGUGGAGAUUGAAAGUUCUGCUACAGAAAAUGAACCUAAAGUACUCAAAAAGAAAAAGAAAAACCGCCAAAGAAGUUCAUCUGAAGAUGACGACAGUGACUUUGAAGAUUGUAGCAUAUCAGUAACACCUAUCAGCAAAAAACUAAAAAAAGAUGUGCCGUUAACAUAUACUGAAUUGCUGGUGAGGAAUUCUGAUGAAGAAUUCAAUUGUGAACUAGAUUCUGUAUUACCACCGGCAGUAGAAAUUGCAGCUAGUUCCUCAGUAUCAUACAUAAUUAAUGAUGAUAUACAUAUGCAGACAACGUCUCAGGUUAAAAAUACUGAUGAAAUACAAUUAUAUGAACCAUUUAUUGUUCCUAAUACCUCAUACAGUACAACCAGUACUGGUAGUUUAAAUCAGAAAAUUCUUGAUAUUUUAACUAAUAUGCAAUUGGAACAAGUCAACAUUAAAAAAGAGUUAGUGGCAUCAAAUUUAAUUUUGAAUCGAUUACUUACAAAAGUUGAAGUUUUGGAAACUAAUUCAAAAAACAAUAUUGAAUCAAACAUAGUAAAUGAAGUGGACUUUGUGUUGAAACUAGAAUCAUUCAUUAAAAGUAUUGGUGGAUGUGGACUAAAAAAUAAUAUUACAAGGGUGUUACAAAAAAUAUUUAGCGAUGAAUUUGCUGUUAUCUCUACUUGGACUGGACGUGGUAAACAUAUAUCCAUUACAAUAGGAAGUUCUGAAGUGAUAAAACUAAUAAAAAGGUUUAUUAAAGCCAAUUCCAAUGAUGUGUUAACGGAUUCAGAAUUUGAAAUCACUGUUGCAAAUUGGCUUAGACAUGCAAACACUCGUUUGAGUAGAGCAAAAUAA